GGUUCGCGAGCUCAUUACAAAAUCCUCUCUCAAACUCAAGUGCAUCUGAGUCAAUUUCAAAGCUUACUUCCACCCACCUUUAUUGAGCUUUGAAAUGGAGAUACCUGGUCCGCCGCUGUCUUUGUUUCUUUGUUCUUAAUUCUACUCGCCCCUUCGCUCGUCGCCCAUAUCUUCACCAUGAAGUUCUCGACCGCUUUGGCAAGCCUCAUCGCCAUCGCAUCAGCUCUACCAACAUCCACUCCCGACCUCCUUGCCACCACCGACCACGACAUCGCUCUCCUCGCCCUCGUCCAAGCCUACCUCACAACCCACCAAUCAAACCAAACCACUUCCACCUCCACCAUUCCCACGAACCAUUUCUUCCAAGCAAGUAUACUCCCAAACGACACGAGAAUUCCUCCAGAGAAAUACGACGAAAAGGACUAUCCGCCCAAGAAAUGUGACGAGCAUAUCUGUUGUGCGGAGACGAGAUGUUGGAGGAUUAGUCCGCCGCAGGUUACGGUUAAUGCGACUGUAAUGGUGGAUAUGGCUGGGAUGAUGAGUGGUGGGUGUCAUGCGGGGAGGUGUUGUAAUAUUGAGGGGUGUUUUGGUGGGCCUGAGAAGUAGAGAUGAAGGAUUGGAUCGAUUGGUUUUGGAGUUGGUGGAUGGUAUGUGACGGAUUGGAAGAAAAGUGCUAGUGCCGAAAAGUUAUGGGCAAGAGGAUGGUGAUUCAUUUAGUACGAUUACUGUAUGCUCUGAAUUGCAGGUCAAAUCAGUUGAGGUCCCA